CCCGCCCCUCCGCCGCCAUCUUGCGCCACCACCUCCAGCCGCCUCCAGCCGCCUCCCGCCCGGCCCGGCCCGGCCCGGCCCCCAUCGGAGCCGCCCGCGGGGUCGGGCCCCGGCCCCGCCAUGGCCGAGGAUUUCUGGGAGGCCCCGCGCCGCUGAGCCGGGUUCCACCAUGGACCGGAUGAAGAAGAUCAAGCGGCAGCUGUCGAUGACGCUGCGGGGGGGGGCGCGCCCCCGAAAAGAGCCUAGGGGAGCCCCGCAAUGGCCAUGGCAGCGACAGCGAGGUGGGGGCGGACGAGGGACGGAUGGGCUCGGAUGGGGAGAGCGACCCCCCCCUCGGGGACAUCCUCGGAGGAGGUGGCCUCCCCUGUCCGCCUGCGCCUGCGCCAGCACCCCAGCUCGCCCCGGCUCCUCCGAGGACAUCAACAAGCGCCUCUCGCUGCCAGCUGACACCCGCCUGCCCGAGAGCGGCCUGGACCGGCUGGGGCUGCCCGGGCCCCUCAGUCGCCGCCUGCGCCGUGUCUCCCUGUCGGAGAUCGGCUUUGGGAAGCUGGAGACCUACGUCAAACUGGACAAACUGGGAGAGGGCACCUACGCCACGGUGUACAAGGGCCGCAGCAAGCUGACCGAGAACCUGGUGGCCCUGAAGGAGAUUCGCCUGGAGCACGAGGAGGGCGCCCCGUGCACGGCCAUCCGCGAGGUGUCGCUGCUGCGGGAUCUGAAACACGCCAACGUGGUGACGCUGCACGACAUCGUCCACACGCCCCAGUGCCUCACCCUCGUCUUUGAGUACCUGGACCGGGACCUCAAGCAGUACCUGGAUGACUGUGGCAGCGUCAUCAGCAUGCACAACGUCAAGCUGUUUCUCUUCCAGCUGCUGCGGGGCCUGGCCUUCUGCCACCGGCACAAGGUGCUGCACCGCGAUCUCAAGCCCCAGAACCUCCUGCUCAGCCGACGUGGGGACCUCAAGCUUGCUGACUUUGGCCUGGCUCGGGCUAAAUCCAUCCCGACGAAGACCUACUCUAAUGAGGUGGUGACGCUCUGGUACCGACCCCCCGACAUCCUCCUGGGCUCCACCGAGUACUCUACCCAGAUCGACAUGUGGGGUGUGGGCUGCAUCUUCUCGGAGAUGGUGACGGGGCGGCCGCUCUUCCCCGGCUCCACUGUGGAGGAGCAGCUGCACUUCAUCUUCCGUCUCCUUGGGACCCCAACAGAGGAGACGUGGCCAGGGAUCGGGGCCAAUGCUGAGUUCCGGGCCCACAAGUACCCCCCGUACCCCCCUGAGGGUCUGCUGCACCACGCCCCACGGCUGGACCAUGACGGCGCUGACCUGCUGGGGCAGCUGCUGCAGUUCGAGGGGCGGCGGCGGAUGCCAGCGGCGGAGGCGAUGGCUCAUCCUUUCUUCGCCUGCCUGGGGCCGCGUGUCACCACCCUGCCCGACACCACCUCCAUCUUCGCGCUGAAGGAGAUCCAGCUGCAGAAGGAGCCAGGGCUGCGCUCGGCCUCCCUGCCCCCCCCAGGUUCCUCAUCCUUUCGGGUGCUCGACACCGAAUUCUGACAUCGAGCAGCCCAUGGACUGCUGCUGCGACCCUUUGGGACCCGCUCCCCCCCAAAAUCGGGGGGGGGGGGUCACCCCAAAGCUGGGGGAGGCCCCUCUAAACGGGGGAGUGCCCCCCAAACCCGGGGGGGGGGGGCGCGCCUCAAACCUAAGGGGGGUUUCCCCGUCCAAACUGUAACUAAGUCGUCGUCCCCCUGAAAUGCCCUCCUGAAGAGCCGCUGCUGGAUUUGGGGGGGGUCAUGUGGGACCCCCCAUUGUAGGGGGGCCCCCCCUGUUUUCUGGGGGGAGUUUCCUCGGUUUUGGGGUUCCCCUCUCCCAAUUUACUUCGAGUUUUUUUUUUUCAAGGCAAUAUUAUAAAUAAGAGUCUA